UCGGCUCCGUGGAGACUAAUUCACUGCAAUCAAGAGACAGUUGAAGCAGAAGUUUGGCUGAUUUCAUCACUGAACGGAGCAGAGUUUUGGAGACUGGCUGAAAGCAAGACAGAGAAAGAGAGAGAGAGAGCUGCUGUAGCCCGGUAAAAUACGGAUUUUUAAACAGGAGUUAGAGCAGAUCAACACCUACAACAGGAAAAGACUGAAAAAUGAAUAAUCUAUUUUACAAACUUCAUCUUGAAGGAAGGCAACGAAAUAAACUGGGAGCUGCAGAAUUUUAUCAGUUAUCUGCACAUUCAUUAAAUUCCUAUGAGUCUUGCACUGAAGACGAGCUGACUCAGACUUUCAUACAAAAACUACUGAUGAUGAAUUACAGAGCAAGAUACAUUAAAACUAAAGAUAACAAUGGACAGGAUCACCCACAGCAAAGUGCUAUUGACUUAUCUGAAGAUGAGGGUGAUAUAUUUAAAGAAAUGUCUUUGUCUAAUGAAGAAUCAAGUCAGUCUGACCUCAUUCACCCGAUGGAUGUUCAGAUGGCCGUGUUUCAUUGGGCUGAUGGUUUCCUGAAGCAGCUGAUAGUCACCAAACUGUCUCAGUGUCAGUACGCUCUGCCUCUGCUGGUUCCUAAUCCAUUCACACAACAGAUUGAGUUUCCUCUCUGGACAUUCAGACAAAUCCAGAAGAGCUGGAAAACUGUUAAAUCAAGUAAAACCCAGCCGGUCUACAAGGCAGACACUCCAAUGGUGUUUUUCUUCAGGUUUGGCUCUGUGUCUUCAUCCAAGUCUCAGCUGAUGAACAGUCUGAUCAAUGAGAAACACAACACGUUCUUCCACAGGAACUGCCCAGGCAGCAGCAGAACAAGAGAGCUGAUGGAUGGAGUGGUGGAGAUCGCCUGGUUCUGCCCCUCUGGAUCAAAUGAUGAUAAAUUCACUGACUGUGUAGCUUUCUGUAAUCUACACGGUGAUGCAGAAGACCAUCAGAAACAGCUGCAGAUCCUCACUGAAAAGAGCUCAGUCAAUGUUGUUCUUCUUCCACGACUGGACAGGAGUGAUAGACAUGCAGAAAUGAUCCAAAACCUGUUCAGAGGCAGCAAGCCACUCAUUUGUCUUUUUACUGAGGAUAAAUCAACUGUCACUGAGACACGAAAAGGAAAAUUUAAAAUUGGUUUGAAUGACAGAAAUCAGUCAGAAGUAUCUGAAGAACUCAGAAAAGCAAUAAAAGAAUGUCUCUCAGGAUCAUCUUCCACUUUUAGUCUUGAAGAUGCAUUCAAACACUCAGACAUCAGAGUAGAUGAGGAAGAUGAUGAUGACUGCAAGAGAGGAAGAGAAGCAGCACAGCAGAUGAUGAGUUUACUGGAGAAGAAAGAUAUGAUGAAAAUCAAAGAAUCAUUUCUGCCUCAUCAGGGGAAACUGUGGCAUCAGUGGAGUCAGAAGAACAAAGAACUACAUCGACCUCAAGCAGAUGAGACAGAAAUUGACAUCAGUAAAAAACACACAGAAAUGAAGAAAAUCCGUGAACAGCAGCACGAAUCAGACAUCAGUGAGUUUAUGAAGCUCUUAAUUAAAGAAAUGAACUCACAUGCUUCAAAAAAAAAAUACUUUCUCAAAUGGCUCAGAAUCCUCCUUGAUGAACAUACAUCAGUUGAACUUUCUGAUCUACAUCACAAGUAUGAUGAAAAGUGGUCAGCAAUUGUAAAACUGAGAGAGGAUCCUUGUAAAUCUGAUAAACUGACAACUGAACAAUCAGAACUUGAGAUAAUAUCUGAUGAACUUCAAUCUGCAGCCUUUGGUUUGGAGCACAUCAUGAGGGAGAUAGGACAAAUCUAUGAAUCAUGUUCAUCUGUAAAGAAGAACAAGAAAGACAUGCAGAUUCACUUCAUUUGUCUCCCAAGUCUUGCAGCAGAGAUGAUGAUCUCUGGAUUUCCACUAGAGCUCAUGGAUGGAGAUGCUGCUCAUGUUCCUGUGAUCUGGAUCUCUGCUGUUCUAGAUGAACUCAAAAAGAUACUGGGAGACCAGAGAGUCUUUGUGCUGUCAGUUUUAGGGCUUCAGAGCUCUGGGAAAUCCACCAUGCUGAACGCCAUGUUUGGACUUGAGUUUGCUGUCAGUGCUGGAAGAUGCACCAGAGGAGCUUUCAUGCAGUUGGUCAGAGUCUCAGAUGGGAUGAAAACACAGAUGAACACUGAAUAUAUUCUGGUUGUGGAUACUGAGGGUCUUCGUGCUCUAGAACUGGCUGGAAAAUCAACAAGAGGUCAUGACAAUGAACUGGCCACAUUUGUUGUAGGUCUUGGAAAUCUGACCUUGAUCAACAUCUUUGGAGAAACCCCAGCUGAGAUUAAGGACAUUCUUCAGAUUGUUGUUCAGGCUUUCAUGAGGAUGAAGAAGGUCCGACUGAAUCCCAGCUGUGUGUUUGUGCAUCAGAACGUUUCAGAUGUCACCGCUGGAGAGAAAAACAUGGAGGGAAGGAGACGACUGCAGGAGACACUGGAUAAGAUGACAAGACUUGCUGCCAAAGAUGAAGUUUAUAAUGCAGAUUUUUUCAGUGAUGUCAUUAGAUUUGAUGUUCAUAAAGAUGUGAAGUAUUUUGCUCAGCUCUGGGAGGGCAGCCCACCAAUGGCACCACCAAACCCAAAGUACUGUGAGAAUAUUCAGCAAUUAAAGGAAACGAUAAUGUCACAAGCCUCAAAAUCACAUGGAAUGACACUGACACACUUAAAUGACCGUAUUAAAGAUCUCUGGGAGGCUUUACUUAAUGAACAAUUCGUCUUCAGUUUCAGAAAUUCUCUGGAGAUUUCAGCUUACAGGAAACUGGAGACACAAUACAGCAAAUGGUCCUGGAGUCUUCGCAGUGCAAUGAUGGAAACUGAGAACAAACUACAGAACCAAAUAGAAAAUGAAGCAAUUCAUGAGGUUGAUGAAAAUUUUCUUCAUGGAGAACUAAAGAAGACAAGUGAAGAAGUUGAGAAAUCUAUGUCAGAAUUCUUUAAGAAAGACACAGAUAAAGAUAUACUGAUUCAGUGGAAAACAUCAUUUGAAAUUAAAAUCAAAGCGCUUCAGGAAAACAUUGUGAGAGAAACAAAUAAGAAGUUAAAUGAGAUUUUUCCACAGGAAAACCAAAAGAAAAAGACUGCUGCUGAGAGGUCAAAUUGUGAAAACAGUUACUAUGAAAAGAUCAAAACAUUUGGCACAAAUCUCAAAGGCAAAACAGAAGAUGAAGAAACUCUACAGACUCAGUUUAAUUUGUUUUGGAAAGGGUUGAUUGAAGAGAUCCCCAGAAACAGUCCUCCAAUCAAAGACAUUGACAUAAUGCAAGAUGUGAAAGAGAUUCUAAGUGAAACCAGUGAAGGUAUUCCUGAAGACCACUGGCAGGAUAUUUUCUCUGUGCCCAGUUAUUCAGAUUAUGUAGAGUUAAAGAAAUUUUCUGGAAUUAAGGGAGCUUUAAACAAUGUCUACAGAUCAACUAAAGAGAGGUUUGGUUACAUUCUGUCUGAAGAGGAUGAAACCCAGAUAAAAACAUUAGUCACAGAUGUUGUUCAGCAGACAGACAAACUAAUUCAAUCAUUUAACAUUUCAAAGAUGGGCUACGAAAAAAACUGCAUUGAACAAGUCAUAGGUUACAUCAAGAAAAACAUAACAGAACAUGAAGAAGGACCAGUGAAAUAUGUGUUUAAGGGUAAAUUCUUUAUGUAUUUAGUACUUUCCAUCUGUAAGAAAGCAACCAAGAGGAUCACUGAUCAACACAGACUGUUCAGAGAAGUCGAUAAUCCUGUAAUAUAUGUUGAGAAAAAGAGAAAAGAUUACUAUAGUAUUUUUAAGAAAAACUGUCUUGGAGCUACAUCUGCUGAAAUUUUUGGUGAGAUCAUCUGUCAGAAACUUAAAAUGCACAUUGAGCAGAGUGUGUAUAAGAAGACUGCCAGAGAAAUGUCAGAUGAAAUCAGAUCAAACUGUGAAUCACUGAAUGGAAACAGAUCAAAACUGGAAAAACACAUCCUGAAGACACUGGCAGAAGAGGAGGAUUUUGACAAAUACAUGAACUAUAUUCAAAAUCCCAGAGAUCAUUUCAAGAGUUUCAUCAGAGAUGAAGUCUGUCAGUACAUCCAAGAUAAUUUCAGUGUCAGUGUUUUACCCAAGAUGAAGGAAAACAUCAUACUCCUGCAGCAGAAGAUCAUAAAAGCAGCUCAGAAAUCUACUGAAAGUUUUAAAGUGAACAGAGGAGAUGUUUAUGUGUGGUUGAACAGUUUCACACAGCAGCUCUCAGAAGAGCUGAUCUUUUCUGUAAAAGACCUCAGUGGAGUGCAACAUGAUGGUGUUGAUGUGAAACACAUAGAAGAUGUGAUAAAAAAGGAGCUUCCUGCAAUUAUUUCUGAUAUAAGUGGUAAUUUCAAUGACUUUCUGUGGAAGCUAGACUAUAAGGACAGGCCAGAUGAGUUUCUGAUUGAUCACUUUUGUCAGUGCUGUUGGGUUCAGUGUCCGUUCUGUAAAGCCACCUGCACCAACACCAUAGAAAACCAUCCAGGAGAUCACAGUGUUCCUUUCCAUCGUAUUAUUGGACUCAAUAGCUUAUUUCACAAAGGAACACAACAUUUUUGUACAGAGUUUUGCUCAACUGUAGUGACAAGUGGUGUAUCUUUUAAGUCAUCAGGUCAGUGGUUUCCAUUUAAAGACUACAGAAGAGCAGGAGGAGUUUAUGCAGACUGGAGCAUUACCCCUGACCUUUCUGAGCUGCCCUACUGGAAGUGGUUUGUGUGCCGAUUUCAGAAUGAUCUGGAAAAGCAUUACAAUAAAUCAUUUCUGGGGAAAGGUGUGAUCCCAGAAAAUUGGAGACAAUACACAAAAGAGAAUGCAAUUGAUAGUGUAGCUGGAUACUACACUCUUAGACAAACUCCCUCGAUGAAAAUGCUUACAGCAGGGCUUCAGAUUACACCAGUGUUAACAUUUUUUUACUACAAUUUGUUAGAAUAAAAUGUAUUAUGUGAUACUGUGUUUCAGAGGUGGGAGAAAGUCUCAGAUGUGCAAGUCACAAGUAUUAAGUUUUAACCUUUAAGUCUCAAGGAAGUCAAAAUUAAUUUUUGUGAGAAUCAUGCAAGUCAAGUCACUGCUUUUGUCAAGCAAUUCAAGUCAAGUCGUAACUUGGGUCAAGCAAGUCACUGUCAAGUCAUACAAAUGUUUGAUGAUUUAACCGAAUUUAUAUAUUAAAAUAAGUUAAAACUACAGUGGUUAUAGACUUUGGGAGUUUUAUUUGCAAAAAAAAAAAAAAAAAAUGCUAUAUGCAUUUCUAUUCAAAAGGUUUCAACUUACAACUGAGUUGUUAAUACAAUAAAAACUACAUAGCCUAAAAGUAAAUGUAACUGAAAUUAGUCCAAUAUAAAAGCAUGGAAAGUAUUUAGG